AUAAAAUGGAAAAUGAACUUAUAUGGUAUUAUGUUGAUACAAGUGAAUAAGAAGCAGAGAAAUAAACUAAAGGUCCUAUAUCAAUAAGGGAUAUUGAUGUUAUGUUAAGAACUAGCAUUAUUACUUCGCGUAUAUAGUAAUGUUAAAAUUUAGAUACCUAUGUUUAUAAGGAAGGAUUUACAGAUUGGAAACCAAUAUUUUUAGUUGAAGAAUUAAAAAGUUGUUUGGAUGAGUAAGAACAUGAAAUGGUGUAAAUUACUUGUGGAAAAGAUAUAAAAUUAGAAGAUUAAUAAGCAUAACCAAUAUAGUAAUAAUAAUAGGAUGAAAAUGAUAAAGAGGAAAUAGAUGAAUAAUUGGAGGAUGGUGAAUCAUUUUAAUAAUUAAAUGAUGAAUAGAGAAUGGAAAUAUUAAAGAAGAAGAUAGAAAAGAAUAGGAAGAAAUCAUAAAAAGAAAAAGAAAAGAAAAAGAAUUAAUGGUAUACUCCAAAAAUAAACACAAAUGUUUAUGUUGAAGGAUUACCUAAGGAUAUAACUAUAGAAGAGAUGAAGAUAUUCUUUAGUAAAGCAGGAAUAAUUAGAAUAAAUCCAGAAACAUUAUAACCUACAAUAAAAAUUUAUAGAGAUUAAAAUGGAAAUUGUAAAGGUGAUGGAUUGAUAUCAUAUAAAAUGGUAGAAAGUGUAUAGACAGCAAGAGAAAUGUUGGAUGGUUUACAUAUUAGGCCAGAUGUUAUAGUAAAAGUGAGUGAAGCAGUAUUUGAAUAGAAAGGUUAAUAUCGUAAAAGAGAAAACAAAAAAAUUGAUAAAUUAUAAAAGACUUUAGCUAGACAAAAGGAAAUGACAUAAAUGGCUGAAGAAGGAUAAGAAGAUGAUGGUAAAGGAUUAAAGAUUUUAAUAUUUAAAAAUUUAUUUAGUCCAUAAUAAGCAUAAGAUUUAGAGUAUAUGAAUCAAAUUUAUGGUGAAUUAUUAUUAAAAAUAGAAGCUUUAUAAAUUUAUGUACAAAAGCUGGAAUUUUUUAAGGAUCAUCCUUAAGGUAAUAUUAUUAUAUUUAAAUAAAGGUGUUGCUAAAGUUAAAUUUCAUUCUGCUUAUGAUGCUGAAAUUUGUUUAACAAAUUUAAAUGGAGUUUAAUUUAAUAAUAGGAAGAUAUUUAUUUAAUAUUGGGAUGGUAAAGAAAAUUUUAAAACUGGUAUUGAAAGUAAAGAAGUUGAAGAAUAGAGAUUAGAAGAAUUUGGAUAAUGGUUAGAGGAAUAAAAUGAUAGUGAUGAAGAUGAAAAAUAAGAUAAUAAUAAAUGAGUG